UUUUAUUCUACCAUCACCCAUUUUUUUGUUUUAAUAGUAGUAUUUUGCAUUCGGAUGUCAGUUAAAUAAGCUUUAAAAUGCUUCAUACUUUAGAGUAACGUACCAAAAUUAAGAGGCUUUAAUUGAAAUGAAACACGACCGUUUCUCAUAAAUUGGAUUGGUUUAGGUUGAAUUUAAAUCUCAAUUAUUCUUAAGCAAAAAUGCACACAAAAAUCGGCUUUAAUUUGAAAUGCAGCAAUUAUUUAAAAUUUGAAACAGAUUGCAUUAAAGUUUAUACUAGUGGGGUUAGUUCUCUCAUUGUAAUAUCGGUGUAUUCAAAUACUCUUAAUUUCCAUUUUGAAAUACAAUCUGGUGUAUUGGGCUUUGGAGAGAAAGAAAGCGAGAGAUGCUGAGGCGAAAACCUACAAAAAUCGAAGUCAAGGUCGAAGACAAAGAAGAACUCGAGGAAGCCCGCAAACGCGCCGCCGCCGCCGCCGCUUCAUCCUCCUCCGCCACCGCUGCCUCCUCCCUUCUUCACCACUUCGAUCGCUCCGCCAUCGAACCCACCUCCAAAUCCCACCGCAUCGGCCUCUAAAGUCUAAACCAACAAAAUCCCAAUCUUCAUCAAUCACGGCUUCGAUUUCGAGAUUACUAAUGGAGGUCGAAGUGAAGCUCCGAUUGCCCAACAAAGCCGCCCACCAGAAGCUCCUCGCCUCGCUCUCCCCAUUCCACACCACCACUCACCACCAGCACAACACCUUCUACGACGGCACGGCCGGCGAGCUGAGCUCCCGGAGAGCCGUCCUCCGCCUUCGCUUCCACGAGGAGCCCGUCCUCCCCAAAUGUUUCGUCACCCUCAAGGCCAACGCCGUACUAGCUAACGGCGUCAGCCGCGUCGAGGAGGACGAGGAAGAGCUGGACUACUCGAUCGGGAAGGCGUGCUCUGCGGACCCCCAGAAGCUCAACGAUGCCGAUUCUAGGGUUUUGCGGAGGGUGAAGGAGGAAUUUGGGAUCGAGAGUUAUGUGAGUUUGGGGGGAUUCAAGAAUGUGAGGAAUGUGUAUGAGUGGAAAGGGGUGGAGCUGGAGAUUGAUGAAGUUAACUACGAAUUUGGGGAUAUGUACGAGAUUGAGUGUGAGAGCGUAGAGCCUGACAAAGUUAAGGGAAUGAUCACCGACUUCUUGAAGGAAAAUGGAAUUGAAUACUCUGAUUCUCAAAUGUCCAAGUUUGCUAUAUUUCGCGCUGGAAAGUUGCCUUCUUAGUCUUGUGGCUGGGCAUGAAACAUAGAGGGAGCAAAAACAUUUCCUUACGGCAAAGCUGCUUUGGCUCUCUUGUUGGCCAAUAUCGUCGACAACUCUAUAGUUUGUUGUUUCUCCUUUUGCCAUUGUCUUGUUGAAAUGUCCAAAACCUUCAUUUCUUCCCAUUCUGGAGGGUUAAUAAAUCAUCAUUCUUGACUUUA